AUGGCGAGGCUGAGCCACGGCCUCCUGGGCGCUCUGAACCUGGUGACGCUCCUCCUGUCCUUGCCAGUGCUGUGCGCGGGCGUGUUCUUCCUCACGCGCGCCACCACGGAGUGCGAGCGCGCCCUGCAGAUCCCCGUCGUCGCGUUCGGCUGCGCACUGCUGCUGCUCUCGCUCGUCGGCCUCGCCGGCGCCUGCGGGCGCCGCGACGCCGCGGCGCCGUUCCUCUGGGUGUACGUGGUCUUCAUGUUCCUGAUCGUCGUCGCCGUGUUCGCGUUCACCGUGUUCGCGUUCGUGGUCACCAACCGGGGCUCGGGCAGCGCCGUGUCCGGGCGCGGGUACAGGGAGUACCGCCUCGGGGACUACGCCGGCUGGCUGCAGGCGCGGAUCGCCGAGCCGGAGACGUGGCGGCAAGUCGAGAGCUGCCUCUCUCAGGCGCGCGUGUGCGGCGGCCGGCUCCGUGGUGCCGUGGGGCAGGACGCCAUGGAAUUCUACAGGCAACACCUGUCGCCAAUCCAGUCUGGUUGCUGCAAGCCGCCGACGUGGUGCAGGUUCCGGUAUGUGAACGCCACGUUCUGGGAGGCCCCGAGAUCGGGGUCGUUGUCUCCGGCGGCAGCCAGAGACGGUGACUGCCGGGCAUGGAGCAACGACCGGCACGUGCUUUGUUUCGAGUGCGACGCAUGCAAGGCCGGCGUGUUGGAGACUGUCAAGAAGAAGUGGAAGACAGUGGCGAUCGUGAACGUUUCCCUCCUCGCGUUCCUUAUCGUUGUCUACACGAUCGGGUGCUGCGCCUUGCGCAGCAAAGGUGGCAGUCGUUACCUCAAUGGCGGUGGCCCUGAUCAAACAUGA